GCCACAUCAUUAAAACCCCGUUCUCAAGUUGCUGCUCCCCUUUCCAAACAUGACCGUUGGGCGCUGCCCCCUUGAGAUCCCAGAUAUACUUCUCGCACCACCACGGCCACGACGCUCCCACAGCGCUCGGUCCCCACGAAUCCCCGCGUUCGCCCUCACGACGACAUUGUCGAAUCCUCCCGUGCGCACGCAGGAUCGACCGUUGCCGAUUACCCGCUCACGCGCUCCUCCGUUGCCCCCGCGCGGCGAGCACGAGCGGCCGGGGCGGUUUGCCUGGGCCUCGAUGGCGAUUGACUUGGCGCUGCCGGCGCCGGCGGUGGUUGAGGAGGUGAAGGCGGAGGCGAUUAAGGAGGAGGAGGAGGAGUUGGUGGUGGUGCAGGAGGGCGGAGGAGGGUGCGGCGGCGAGGCCGUGGUGGUGGCGGCGGCGGACGCGGAGGUGGAGGGGCACCCCUACGACUUCCAUGUCUCCGGGCCGCGCAACCUUCCGACGCCCAACUGGAGGGAGAUCAUCAGAUCGAGUUGGAAGGAUCCAAAUUACAAAAGAAUGGUAAUGGCCUGCUUCAUUCAGGCAGUCUACCUGCUUGAAAUAGACAGGCAAGAUCAGAAAGGAGAAGAGGAUGGCCUUGCUCCAAAAUGGUGGAAGCCCUUCAAGUACAAGGUCACACAAACAUUGGUGGAUGAGAGAGAUGGUUCCAUAUACGGCGCCGUCCUUGAGUGGGAUCGAUCUUCUGCUUUGUCUGAUCUUAUCCUCAUAAGACCAAGUGGAGCACCUAGGGCUGUGUUAGCUCUACGAGGAACAUUGCUCCAGAAACCUACUAUCAAGAGAGACCUGCAAGAUGAUCUCCGUUUCCUGGUUUGGGAGAGCUUAAAAGGUUCGGUGAGGUACAUGGGUGCUUUAGAGGCACUGAAGGGUGCUGUUGAGAGAUUUGGGAGCACAAAUGUCUGUGUUGCUGGGCACUCAUUGGGAGCUGGUUUUGCUCUUCAAGUAUGCAAAGAUCUUGCCAAACAAGGAGUUUUCGUGGACUGUCAUCUGUUUAAUCCACCUUCUGUUUCACUUGCCAUGAGCCUAAGGAGCAUGAGCGAGAAGGCCAGUUAUCUGUGGCAAAAAGUAAAGGCGAGUCUGCCAUCAAAGGAAGAAGCAUCUCUUCACAGCACAAAAGAGGAGGGUAGUGUCAAGAAGAGACUACGCGCAGAGAAGAAAUGGGUGCCACACUUGUAUGUAAACAACAGUGACUACAUCUGCUGUCACUACAAUGCUCCUUCAUCCUCUUCCACCGGCGUCAAUGGUGCCCCAGACGAGGAGCAGCAACAGCGCAAGGCAACUGAGAUUGCUGGCGACAUGGUCGCUAAGCUCUUUGUUACAUCAAAAGGCCCACAGAAGUUUAUGGAAGCGCAUGGGUUGGAGCAAUGGUGGUCAGAUGGGAUGGAUCUGCAGCUAGCUGUGUAUGACAGCAAGCUUAUACACAGGCAGCUAAAAUCCUUAUACACAGCAGUACCUCCUCCUGCAAAGUCGUAGAGCCGCCGGCUGAAGUGGCUGAUAUGGGUCAUUAGAAAUACUCUUUCUAAUCAGUUUGCGCCUGACAGACUUGAGAUGUUUCAUUAUGCUGAUGAUCGAAUUAUUCGUAUAUUUCAAUAGUGUUCAAACGGUGUUGUAAGAAUAAUAUGGAGUAAUAAAGACAUUAAGUACAAUUUUUAUAGUCAAAUAUUUUCCAAAUACUUCUGGGAGAAUACAUUCCAA